AUGUUUUGCAAGAGCGGUUAUCUUGGCUGUGCCCGUGGUGUGGACGACUUGAGAUGUAUCAAUGAUAGAUUGAACGCUGAAGUAGUAGAACAGAUAAACGAAAGCCAAGAGCUGAUGAUGAUCAACAGCUUUGCGCGGGAAUCGAACGAGUAUCAGUUCAAAACUUGCAUACAGGAAAGAAUAUCUGACAUUGCAUCCUGGAGAUGGGUAUUCGAGGAUCUGUCGAAGCGUUUGCAUGAAGCAAUAGAAGCCUUGAAAUACGAACACAACGCUUUAAGAGUUGUAGUGGAGAGAAUAGUUGGCGAAAUAGAGGACCAUUCCAGUGAUGCGAGUAGACCUGGUGCUCUGUGCCCAAUGACAGACCCCGUGGAGAAAGCCAUCUUGGAGGUAAGAGGUGCAAGGGUUCGCCUCUCGAUUAUCGCUCAAUCUCAUGCAGCAAAAGUGGACGCAGCAAUCAGGAGACGUCUGCAUGUCAAUACUUCAAAGUUAGAGGAAUUGUACUGGCAAAGAGAAGAGGCAAUAAAAGACAUUAAGUCUUUAGAAGAGGAACAAAUUACUACAGAAAAGAACCUCCUGGAAACCAUGAAACAAGAAAAUUUAGUAGCAGCAAGAAUCGCAGACAGAACUCUCAGGCCUCCAGGAGAGCUCACCAAGGAUGAGGUGGAUAGAAGACUGAGGAACGAAUUAGGAAGAUUAAGGCACUUCAUGAAGCACCUGAGAAGUAAUCUCGACAGGAUAAAUUCUUUACAGAAUCAUCUAGUCGAAUCUAUUGCUCGCAUGGACUGCUAUGCUGAGGAUAUCUCACAGGUCGUGCGCUUGGACCAAGACAGAAUGAGACUUAGGUUAGACGAAGACAACAAAAGUGAUUCUCAAACUUCAACCGCACCUACACCCUCAAACGGAAAACGUUCUUCGUCCCAUUCCAGAUCGGAAAUUCCACUGACUGCUAUAGUGGAAGAGGAUGAAGAUGACUAUCCUUUUGGCGAUUAA